UCAUUUUCCUGCGCCCAAAGCCCAACCGCACAGCUCGAUGUUACACACGAUAAUUUCAAGCUAACGCUUCACACCAUGGCCUCUAAAGCAGCGAAAGGUAAAAAGGUGGUGAAUCAGGAGGAACUGCGGCGGCUGAUGAGGCAGAAGAAGCAGCAGGCCGAGCGGCAGAAACGCGUCGAGUCUCCGUACGCCAAGUACAACAGCCUGGGUCAGCUGAGCUGCGUGCUGUGUAACGUGCAGGUCAAGACCGAGAUCCUGUGGCAGGCUCACGUGCUGGGAAAACAGCACAAAGAUAAAGUGUCAGAGCUCAAACAGGGGCAGAGCGUGGGGAAAGUCCCUGAAGCUCCACAGACUUCCACACUGAAGAGGAAAGCUGCAAAACCGGAAGUGUAUGAUGGGAAAAAGCCUAAAGCCUCAGGUGCUGAUUUCCUCCAGGGUAAGACUGCUACAAGUGGACCAAGUGCAGGAUUCGGACUCCUAGCUGGAUACGAUGAUGAUGAUGAUGAUGAUGAUAAAUCAGGUCAAGUUCCAAGCGACGUAAAGCAGCCGGGUCCUGCGUCUGAUGAACUUCCUGCUGAUUUCUUCGACAGCAGCGUCCCUGGAGUCGCAUCCGCCCCCGCCUCCGCCCCCGGCGUGUCUCACUUGCAAUCCAUCUCCAUAGCCAAGGCGGCGGAACCCGUAAAGAAGAUAGCCAAAAUGGCAGAGGCGAUUCCCGAAGGCUUCUUCGAUGACCCGGUCCGAGACGCCAAGGUGCGAAACGUGGAGACUCCGAAGGACCACAUGGACAAGGAGUGGGAGGAGUUUCAGAAAGAGAUUCGGCAGGUGUCCAGCCAAUCGGAGGCCAUCGUGGCCGAGGAGGACGAGAAAGGGCGCUGCGAGAGGCAGAUCGACGAAAUCGACGAGCAGAUCGAGUGCCUGCGCAGGGUCGAGGUGUUGCGCGCCAGACAGGAGGCCGUCAAGAACAAAGUGAAGAAUGAGAUGCUGGAGGACGUCUCCGAAAGUAGUGGUGAGGAGGAGGAAGAUGAGGAGGAGUUGAUGAAUGUGUUGGGUAGAGACUGGAGAGCCAAAGGAGCGCUCGCGUAGCCUCGCGUCUCUUUCCAAACCUUCCAGUGAAGACCUGGUGCAAUGUGGAGAUUUGUAUCUCUUCAGUGUUACAGAGAUACAAGUUAGAGCUCAGUUUGUCGUUCUUCCUGUCCGACUGUCCUGCUUCCUUCCAGUUCGCUAUUACAGCUUGAAAUUUCAUCACGUGGGAUUUCAUGGAAUUUCCCCCUCCUACCCCCAAAAAACGCGUGAACAUCAGAGUGUGUACUGUACGUCAUGCAGAGUGAAACUUCUGAACAAAUCAUUUUUGCCUCUGGACUACAUUUUCAUCGUUCCUCUGCGGUCAAGUAACAACUAGAAAAAGAAAAUCUACAACAAACUACUUCUUGGUUGUCUUUUGUAAAAUAAAACUUUUUUCAUUUUC